UCUCAAUCAAUACCUCAAUAGGCUUUUAAAAAUGCUUGCAAAAUUUGACAAACUAAUCCUAAAAUUGAUAUGAAAAUGCAAAGGACCUUCAAGAGGCAAACUAUCUUUGAAAAAGAAGAGUAAGUUUGAAAGACAUAUAUUUGCCCUCAGGGCUCAUUAUAAAGCUACGAUAAUCAAGACAGUGUGAGGCUGAAAUAAAGAUAGACAAAGAAAGACAAUUUGUAGGUCAUGAGAGCUAUGUUUCCUAAAGGAAGGCAGCAAGUACUUAUCAACUUUGCCCGUGUCCUCAGGAUGCCUUAAGCAGUGGUUGCCGAACCACUAGCAACUUUAGCACCAACUGGAAGCUUUUUAGAAAAGCUAAUUACUGGGCCCAUCCCAGACCUACUGAACCAGAAUCUCUGUGGGCAAAGCCCAGGAAUCUGUGUUUUGACAAGCUCUCCAGGUGAUAAUGAUGUCUAUUAAAGUUUGAGAUUCAUUGCCUUGGGCUUUCCCUGUUGGAAAUCCACCAGGAUUUGGGAGACAGGAGAAGAGGUCUGGAGAGAGUGGCAGAAUUCAGCACCACAGAAUGACGAGGAAAACUGAUGGCCUUUGUCCAUGGAAUCCAUUAAAAUAUACUCUCAUUGCUGCCAGGCUGAGUUGAUGAAUAAAAAAUAAGCUAAUCUCAUAUCAAGCCAUCAGGCUAUUGAUGAUAAUUGUGCUUCAGGGUGAGCAAACAGCUUUACCAAGCUCACACAGUUGACACAAUUUGUUGUUUGGAACUAUCUUACUGUAAGUAGAUGCUUAAGAAGAAUGCAGAAGUUAUGAAAAUCAAUCCAGGAUUCAGAAAUCUUUCAACUAAAUCUUUAAAAUUCUCUCUCUCUCUUAUGCACACACACACAUGCACACAUACACACAUAGUAAGAUUUCAUGACACAUGAGACAGGCUGUGAAGUUGAACAGUUCUGAUGAAUGCCUGAGUGGUAAAAUCACCUUGACGAACCGGAAGUGAAGGUCUAUUCUAGCUGGGUAUGAGCUACAAACUCGUUUCUUGGGGAACACAUGAAUACACUGGGGAGGCUAAGUAGCUUCUGAGGCUACUAACAGAAUUUUAGUAAUUUCUCCUGUCAUCUGAAAAAUAUAUGAUAUUGAAUUUUUAAAAAUGGGUUUAGUGUAGUCUAGUCUUACUGUCUGAAACUAGGAUGUGGUUUGUUCCAAUAACCAAAGUGAUUCCAUCCCAUGUGAGGGAAAAAAGGGAUAAUGGUGAAUUAAAAGCACCUGCAUGUAUUUGUUGCUCCUUUAGCGGGAGUGUCUCUUCAUCAACAUUAACUUUCUUUCCUACUUUUGAGCUGGCUGCUAAAAGUCUAGGUUUAGAUCUUAAUCCAUUGUCCUUCCCUGCAUGAUGUAAUGCUUACAAUUACAGUCUCAACCCUCUGGCAUUUAAUGAAGAUAAAAUUGAUUACUUUCGACUGAAGACAAAAAAAUCACUUACAAUCAGGAUACUGAAUAUAUUAGUAAGUACACGGUCCCAGCUUCUAGUGGACUUGGCAGACUGUCAAGCUCUUACUAAGUGACCCCACCGCAUGCCUUUUUGUCCUUUCUGUUGCCACACAAUCACGAUAAUUUGUUCUCUGAAUGCCAGAGUACUGCCAAAGAAAGGAAUUCUGAAGCUGGCUGAGAGAAAUCAUGUAAAACUCCCAAUCUAGACUCCAUUGACUCUUGUCUCUUUUUUUGUAUAGAACUGAUUUUAUAAUUUCUGUGGCAAUGAAAGAUUAGUACCCAAAAUGACUGCUAGUCCUUUGUUUAUUGAUCAGUCUGAGCAUGGACUAGAAUUCAUCCUCUAAUUGGUAACAAGAAAAACUUGGAUGGGGAAGCACAUCAUUGGUUAAGGCAGCACAGCAAGUUUGAAUUUGGCUGCCUCUACUUUCAAUAUUGGUUGAUGUCAAGAGCAGACAUUGGCGUUGGAGUUAAGAGUAUCAAGAGAGUUAUACAAAUCAAAGUGGAGGAAAAAGAAGACGAGACAGAGGAAAGCUCAAGUGAAGAGGAAGAGGAGGAGGAAGGUAAACUACCUCGAAGAGAGAGCUUGAGACCAAAGAGGAAACGGACCAGAGAUGUUAUCAAUGAGGAUGACCCAGAACCUGAACCAGAGGAUGAAGAAACAAGGAAGGCAAGAGAAAAAGAGAGGAGGAGGAGGCUAAAGAGAGGAGCAGAAGAAGAAGAAGAAAUUGAUGAAGAGGAAUUGGAAAGACUGAAGGCAGAGUUAGAUGAGAAAAGACAAAUGAUUGCUACUGUCAAAUGCAAGCCAUGGAAGAUGGAGAAGAAAAUUGAAGUUCUCAAGGAAGCAAAAAAGUUUGUGAGUGAAAAUGAAGGGGCUCUUGGGAAAGGAAAAGGAAAACGGUGGUUUGCAUUUAAGAUGAUGAUGGCCAAGAAAUGGGUAAAAUUCCUCCGUGAUUUUGAGAACUUCAAAGCUGCGUGUAUCCCAUGGGAAAAUAAAAUCAAGGCUAUUGAAAGUCAGUUUGGCUCCUCGGUGGCCUCAUACUUCCUCUUCUUGAGAUGGAUGUAUGGAGUCAACAUGGUUCUCUUUAUCCUGACAUUUAGCCUCAUCAUGUUGCCAGAGUACCUCUGGGGUUUGCCGUAUGGCAGUUUACCUAGGAAAACAGUUCCCAGGGCUGAAGAGGCAUCGGCAGCAAACUUUGGUGUGUUGUACGACUUCAAUGGUUUGGCACAAUAUUCCGUUCUCUUUUAUGGCUAUUAUGACAAUAAACGAACAAUUGGAUGGAUGAAUUUCAGGUUGCCGCUCUCCUAUUUUCUAGUGGGGAUUAUGUGCAUUGGAUACAGCUUUCUGGUUGUCCUCAAAGCAAUGACCAAAAACAUUGGUGAUGAUGGAGGUGGAGAUGACAACACUUUCAAUUUCAGCUGGAAGGUCUUUACGAGCUGGGACUACCUGAUCGGCAAUCCUGAGACGGCAGACAACAAAUUUAAUUCUAUCACAAUGAACUUUAAGGAAGCUAUCACAGAAGAAAAAGCAGCCCAAGUAGAGGAAAACGUCCACUUGAUCAGAUUCCUGAGGUUUCUGGCUAACUUCUUCGUGUUUCUAACACUUGGAGGGAGUGGAUACCUCAUCUUUUGGGCUGUGAAGCGAUCCCAGGAAUUUGCACAGCAAGAUCCUGACACCCUUGGGUGGUGGGAAAAAAAUGAAAUGAACAUGGUUAUGUCCCUCCUAGGGAUGUUCUGUCCAACAUUGUUUGACUUAUUUGCUGAAUUAGAAGACUACCAUCCUCUCAUCGCUUUGAAAUGGCUACUGGGACGCAUUUUUGCUCUUCUUUUAGGCAAUUUGUAUGUAUUUAUUCUUGCAUUAAUGGAUGAGAUUAACAACAAGAUUGAAGAGGAGAAGCUAGUAAAGGCCAAUAUUACCCUUUGGGAAGCCAAUAUGAUCAAGGCCUACAAUGCAUCAUUCUCUGAAAAUAGCACUGGACCACCCUUUUUUGUUCACCCUGCAGAUGUACCUCGAGGACCUUGCUGGGAAACAAUGGUGGGACAGGAGUUUGUGCGGCUGACAGUCUCUGAUGUUCUGACCACCUACGUCACAAUCCUCAUCGGGGACUUUCUAAGGGCGUGUUUUGUGAGGUUUUGCAAUUAUUGCUGGUGCUGGGACUUGGAGUACGGAUAUCCUUCAUACACCGAAUUCGACAUCAGUGGCAACGUCCUCGCUCUGAUCUUCAACCAAGGCAUGAUCUGGAUGGGCUCCUUCUUUGCUCCCAGCCUCCCAGGCAUCAAUAUCCUUCGACUCCACACAUCCAUGUACUUCCAGUGCUGGGCCGUUAUGUGCUGCAAUGUUCCUGAGGCCAGGGUCUUCAAAGCUUCCAGAUCGAAUAACUUCUACCUGGGCAUGCUACUGCUCAUCCUCUUCCUGUCCACCAUGCCUGUCUUGUACAUGAUCGUGUCCCUCCCGCCAUCUUUUGAUUGUGGUCCCUUCAGUGGCAAAAAUAGAAUGUUUGAAGUCAUUGGAGAGACGCUGGAGCAUGAUUUCCCAAGCUGGAUGGCGAAGAUCUUGAGACAGCUUUCGAACCCUGGGCUGGUCAUUGCUGUCAUUUUGGUGAUGAUUUUGACCAUCUAUUAUCUCAAUGCUACUGCCAAGGGCCAGAAGGCAGCAAAUCUGGAUCUAAAAAAGAAGAUGAAAAUGCAAGCUUUGGAGAACAAAAUGCGAAACAAGAAAAUGGCAGCUGCACGAGCAGCUGCAGCUGCUGGUGGCCAGUAAUAAGUAUCCUGAGAGUCCAGAAAAGGUACACUUUGCCUUGCUGUUUAAAAGUAAUGCAAUAUGUGAAGGCCCAGAGAACAAGCACUGUGGAGCUGCUAUUUUCCUGUUCUACCCCUGAUGGAUUUUCAAGGUCAUGCUGGCCAAUCAAGGUAUCAUCAGUACUACCUGAGCAACAAGAAUCUUCACCUUAUUCCAAGUCAGGAACUGUUUCUGCGCAGCCACUCUCUCCCCUGCUUCAUUUCGUGACUUUUUUUUUUUUUUAAAAAAAACAAAUUGUGUUUAGAAGUGGGUGUAAUCCAGCAAUAGAGUUUACUGGCUUAGUUGGUGGGUUAAUUAAAAAAAUUUGCUCAUAUGAACUUUCAUUUUAUAUAUUUCUUUUGCCUUAAGUUUCCUUAAACUGAGAGCAGAAAUAUUUUACCCUUUUUCCUGUAAGUUCAGAAGUAUCUGCAAAAAGUACUCAUUGUAAUCAUUCAUUGACUCACUUUUUGAAACCAAUACCUUAUUUUCUCUUUUUUUCUACCCGUCUCCCCAACCAUGCCCCCCACAAAUAUAUACCUAAAACCUUCGUAUGUGGUGCUGGAUUCAGUAUGAAAAGAAAUCGGCUUUUUAGAAGAAAAAAAAAUCCUAUGUGAAUUGGCACCUGAAUAGCACUGAGUUGAAGAUCUCUUACUUUGAGAAGGUACAUGAGUCUUAUACAACCUAGCUUUUUAUGAAUUAAAAUUUAAAAAAAGGAAAGACAUCAUAAAUGAUUGUUGUUCUCUCACAGUCUGCUCAUUUGUCUUCCAACGAUCAUGUUAUCAGAGGUGAAUCCAUACAGGUCUGCAUCAAACUCCAUACGAUUCUUGCCUCCUUGGAGGGAAGAAUUCAGCUGAGGGUCAGAAGUAGGUUUAAGGCAGAGGGAGAGACUGAGGCAAGUUUUAGAGCGGGAGUGAAGGUUUAUUAAAAGGUUUUAGAGCAGGAACAAAAGGAAAUAAAGUGUACUUGGAAGAGGGCCAAGAGGGCAACUUGAGAGUUCCAAGUGCCCUGUUCAGCCUUUGACCUGGGGUUUUACACAUUGGCAUGAUUCUGGGGUUUGCAUCUCUACCCCCUUGAUUUUUCAGGGGGAUGGGCUGUCUAUGUGAACGGUGGCCUGCCAGCAGUUGGAAUGAGCUAUGUGUACAAUGUGUUACUGAAGUUGUGUGCAUGCUCACUUGUGACGUUUUCCCUUACCAUUCCAGCGUUCCUAGAGGAAGGUCAUAUACCAGUUAAACUGCCAUUUUGCUUAGUGGGCAUGCUUGAGCCCACUUGCCCAGCCUCUAAGAUCUCCAGCUCAGGUGUUUCCUAUCUAUUGGGACACUGUCUUUCACUGGCACUGGCUGCCACCAAUUACUAUUUGAGAGAGAGAGUUUAACAACCACCUGACCAUCACCUGAUGGUCACCUGACAUUCCUGUGGGACGGGUGGCGGGGGGAGGGGGACCCGCUCUUGCCCUGCUUACGUUUUUAUGUUUGCCUAACUACCUACUCUAACAAUCAUAUCCUGUAAGCUUAGAUUCUAAUAUUCUGUAAUUUUUUCUUUGCUUUUUUGUUAAGGUUAGGAAAACAUACUUCUAUUGGAGGCCUUAAUUUAUAGAUAUGUUUUAACAUUAUUAUGGAUUUACAGUUUGAAUUGACUUUAAGUGGUAACACUCAGUGCCCUCACUAGCCUUGUUGUGUGACUUUAAUUGCAUGUCCCAACUCAGUGUGCCUUUCCAAAGCUAAGCCAAUUUGCCUGCCAUUCCCUGCAGUUGACUUGCUGAUUUUUAUUAUCCUGUCUCUGAGUUUCUCCUUCUUUUCGAUCAUCAAAAGGUUGCCAUAGAAUAAUUGCACUGUUUCCCUGCCAAUUCUGAACUUUAUUCCUCUGGUUAUCUUUUUCAUAUUAACUUCCAUUCUCAAUCUUAUCACUCCCUUUUUAGGAUUCCUUGGGCUCUUAUGUCUUUAAUUCAGAGUCUAUUAUUUAUAUUGAUUUUCAUGUGAUUUAUAAUGGUUCUUUAUUAUUUUUUGAAUGCAUGGAUUAUCUUUCUUGUCCUGAUGGUAAAUUCUCUGUGAGUAGGGGUUAUAUCUUCUAACUCUUUUGUAUGCCUAGUAUAGUGCUGUGCACAAUUAGGUACUGAAUAAAUGCUUGUUAAUUAAAUUGAAUCAAUUUAACUUACAGCAAUUGUGUUAUGAGACAAAAUCUUCUGUUAUCUGCAUGAAAAAUGUUACUAUGAUGUAAGAAAUGGAUUAUCUGUU